GUUCGGCGAGGAAAGGGUCGAAAAGGGCGGCAGGCAAAAGAUAAUUCACAUCCGCUUCUCAGUAAUAUCAGAUUCGUGGAAUUAAAAGAAACAGAAGCUAUGUUUAAAUAUGGUUACAACCAUCAAAAUAACCUGUGACGGAGUUUUCAUUCAAUCGAACUCGACGAACGGCUCGAUGAAUCGUUCAUUCCCAAUGCAAAAUGACCGGAACGUUCGUCUGAACCCAAUACAACAUUCGUCAACGACGACGGCCUGCAACUUCCUCUCGAGCAAAUUGGGAACUUACAGAACAAAGUUAUCACGGAGUGUUAGUAGUCUAAGUGCCAAUCGAGUCUCUUCGCUUUUCGACCACCGAAAGUUGAAUAAUGAGCGUCCGAAUUUGCACCGAUCGCGGCGUGGUUCCCUGGCCGUACCUCAAGAACGCAACGACGCGAAAAUUCUCCUUAAAAAUGACGUGAAAAAAAGUGGAAAUACUUCUCUAUCAACCGAGUCGAGUAAUGACAGUGGUACCGAAGUGACGGAACCGGAUCACUAUUAUAAGCUGAGAGCCAAGGAGAAAUCGGAAUCUUCAUCUUCAGCAUCAUCUUCGACGAUAGCGUCUUGUUGUUCCACUGUAAAUGCUAGAAAUGCAGCCAAUUCAAGACCAUCUCAGCCUCCGGAUCCGAAUCGCUUGACAAAGUUCGGUAGAGAUUUCCUAUCGCGUCGAUUAAGUACUUCACAGAUACCGGAAUCGCGAUCGUCUUCAACAUCAGGAUCCCUUUCGAAGCCGCAACAGAAUCACGUGACAAAACCUCGGAAAUCACCAACCACAGCGACUUUGAUGCCAUCCGCAUCGUCCACGGGAAUAUCUUUCCGACGACUUAAUCUGAUGCGAUCGCACUCAGUUUCUGCAAUCAAACCUGUCUCGCGAUCACCAUCUUCAGCAGUGGUUGGAGCAACCAGAGCCGAUGAUACUGAUGUCGAUGUAGAACACGAGCACCUGAAACAGCGUAUUAAACGCAAACUUUUCGCUGUCUCAUCCGAGAGUAUAUCGGAAAAGAACUCAAAUUCGUUAGACAAUCACUUUGAGAAAUUCCUCGCAACAACACGUAGUCUAUCAUCGUCUAUCGAUAAGCUAGCAAACGGAUUCAAGGGAUUGCAUCCAAUCAAAUCCAUAACAUUAAGACGACGCCAUUCAAAGGAGAACGACGUUAUGAACACACACGCAACAACAGCCUUAAAUUUACAGACAUCAGGUCAAACAUCGGUUGUGGGUCAUCAUCGUGGUUUCUCUCAACCAACGGCGGCCAAUACAGGCGAUCCAUGGUUUCUACAGUCGACCGGACAUCAAAUGCCUCCAACGGCUCCGGCUAGACAACAUAAACGUCCAGCCCCGCAACCGGGCAAUGUUAUUCCUAUGAGCAGUGGAUUAUUGCAACAACAACAGCAUAGUCAAUCACAACCUCAUAUUGUUCCACCAUCGGUGCCACCCCAUCAGAAUAAUAAUCAACAUGUAAAUUCCGUUCAUCUAUCCUCGCAUGCUUUAAAUAGUCAUAAUUUAUUAUCCUCAAAUCACUCACCGAAAUCACCAAAUCAACAACAACAACCGCAUCCCCAACAACAGAAUCUCCACAUCAUCUCCUCCAACCUAACAAGUGCAGCUACAACAAAUGCAACAUGUCAAACGCAACUGUCGAACUCGUCGAAUAACAAUUUGAUGUCAACAUCACUGAAUGCAGCGCAGCUUCAAAGUCACCUCAAUUCUGGGAUUGGUUUGCAGCCAACGUCUGUGUCGGCAGCUGUAACAGCACAAUCGAAUGCCGCUAAGAUGCACGGAAUGGCUGGAAUUUUACAUCCAUCAUCUGCCAUUCCACCGCCUCAUGCACCUCCACAACAACUACAACAACAUCCCCACCCGACAGCACAUAUGCAACCACCGGCUCCAACAAUUCAUGUACCACCCCCUUCAACGAAUGUGAUGUCAACAUCCUUGCAUAAUUUCGAUGCAAAUGGAACGGCUUGGAACAGUACGUCAUCGCUAUCUCCUACUAUUUCCAAUGCCUCUUCAACAUCUUCGUCCCAACAACACCAACAGCAGCAUAGAAAGUGUGAAGUGAAGCUGAAUGCUAUGCCGUGGUUCCAUGGCAGCAUUUCAAGAGAUGAAGCCGAACAUUUACUCCAGCCCCGAGAAGAUGGAUUAUUUUUGGUUAGAGAAUCGACAAAUUUUCCCGGUGAUUAUACGCUGUGCGUGUGCUUUCAAGGAAAGGUUGAACAUUAUCGCGUGAAAUAUUUGGAAAACAAGUUGACAAUUGACGAUGAAGAAUAUUUUGAGAAUUUAGGACAAUUGGUGGCGCACUACGAAAAGGAUGCCGAUGGUCUAUGCACACAACUAAUCAAAUGUCUCCCGAAAAAGGGCAAACAAGAGUUCUGCAUCAAUUCUAAAGAAUUCGCCGACAAAGGAUGGGUGAUACCAGAGAACGAUCUACAAUUGCGCGAGAGCAUAGGAAAGGGCGAAUUCGGAGAUGUGAUGCUGGGUAUUCUAAGAAACGAAAAAGUCGCUGUAAAAAUGCUGAAAGAUGAUGGAGCUGCACAGAAGUUCUUAGCAGAAGCAUCAGUUAUGACAACACUGGAACAUGAGAAUCUCGUUAAAUUUAUCGGUUUAGUAUUUACGAAUAAGCACAUCUACUUAGUUACGGAAUAUAUGAGUAAAGGGUCCUUGGUCGAUUAUCUACGAUCGCGCGGUAGACAGCAUAUUACGAAAAAAGAUCAAAUUACAUUUGCAUGUGACACAUGUUCGGGUAUGGAGUAUCUGGAAGCGAAGAAAGUCGUACAUCGUGAUCUGGCAGCGAGAAAUGUAUUAAUUUCGGAGAACUGUGUAGCUAAAGUAUCCGAUUUCGGACUGGCAAGAGAGGAAUGUUAUAAUUUGGAAGUGGGUAAAUUGCCAAUAAAGUGGACUGCGCCGGAAGCACUCAAGGGUGGUAGAUUUUCAAACAAAUCGGACAUGUGGAGUUUUGGAAUUCUACUUUGGGAAAUUUAUUCGUUCGGUCGCGUUCCUUAUCCAAGAAUUCCUCUAGCGGACGUAGUGAAACACGUCGAAGUCGGCUAUAAAAUGGAAGCACCCGAAGGAUGUCCACCCGAAAUCUACGAAAUGAUGCGCCAAGCGUGGGAUUUGAAUCCUGCCCGAAGACCAACGUUCCAGGAGCUCAAAGUCAAACUAUUGCAGCUUAAGAAUAUAACGACGUGAACUCAAAUCUCAAUAUAAGUUAUAAACAAUAAUCACUAUUUAAGAAGUAUUAUUAAAUGAAUAAUAAAAACGGAAAGAUGAAGAAAGUCCCAAUUGCAUCGUUGAACAGGAAUCUGUUCGGAAAGGUGGGAACCCAUUUGAUUCUUUUGAAAUCUGCAAGCACACAAUUUUGUUGAAAUCACACAAAAAAAGAUAAGCCGGCUUCUUUUGAUAAAUACUUUUCUUCACGUUUAUAUAUAUAUAUUAUAUACAAAAUGAUUUUUAGCGUAUUUUUUCUUUUCUAUUGAAUAUAUUUAAUAUAUUUAUUAAUUUGUUUAAUAUUAAUAUUGCAAGUUGCAAACAAAAAGAAAGAAAAUCAACAAAAAGAAUUAAACGACGCAAAUGCAAACGAGAAAAGCGUUGCAUUGUUCAAUAAACGCUACAAAUAAAAACCAAAUUACAAAAAAAAAAAUGAAAAUUCGGUUAAGGCAGGAAUGAAAUUGAAUGAUUAGCAGAUACAAAAAUGGUUCGUGAUUGGUUUAAGACCUGCGAAUGCAACACAAUUCAAUCGACCAAGCACGGAUGCAUGCAUACAAAAAAAAUCUUGUAAAUAGGAUUAAAAUGUACGAAAGAUGAAUUAAUCACUGUUAUCGAAUAUGCAGAUAAAUCUGAAACGCUAAAUGAACACGUACAUUGAGAAGAGCAAUCUGACGAGGACCGAAGCUGAAACUGAAAAAUGAAGCAGCAGUUUUAAGGAUGGUCUCGAUGUAUUCCCUUUAAUUUGAAAAUCUUUGAUUUUCCAGUGAAUCUAUUACAUUGUUGAGUAUUUGAUUUGUUUAUGUCAAUCAGAUUGCAUUUGUACAGAUUCCGAACUAAAGUAUUUUCAGUUGGACUAUGGUACAUAAGAUACAAUGAUGAUGAUAAAAAUACUUAAAUUUAAUCUUCAUAAGUUCUAUUUUUUGAUUGCAUAGGAAAAUUGUAUUUUUUUAUUCUUUUAAACAAAAUUUUCAAAAGUUUUGGCAAAUGAAAGUAUUUUUUUUUCAGAUAUUUUAUACAAAUUUUUAUUUUAUUUUUUAAUUAUAUUUUAAUUUUAUAUGGUUUUAAGGAGUGUUUGCUUAUUGCACAUUUGUAAACGAUAUAAAGAAAUUAUGUUAUGUUAUGAUGUUUGUUCCAAUAACCAGAGACAAUGAAAAUGAUAAAGAUCAAAACGAA